CAACGCACUUCCAUAUAUCUGGUAAUCCUGGAAAGGCCUACGAGUGUGACAGCUAUGGCGGCCAUAUACAAGAAUCUUCCGCAUGUGCAAGUAAGGGCUUUCCAUCUGUCAGCCGAGAUCCUCAAUUCCAGGCGGAUGUUAUCAUUGAUGGGUUGUGACGAUACCGGGAAAAUGCCACUUUAUCUACAAAGAGCUCUUACAAUUUUGCGCGGAAUGGGAGUAACCGAUUUUGAUUACGACGAUUUUAAAAACCGAAUGCAAGCCAAGGACCUUAAUUCAGAUCAGCGAAAUCACUUCCAAAUGCGGAUUGAAAUGUUAGAUUCAUAUUUGACUUCAACUGAAAAUAGUGUCCAAGCAUAUUUCCAAGCCGGUUGUUUGGUUAUUGUGGAUCUGCGAGAUCCCUUUAUGAAUUCCUCAAUGGUUUCAGCUCUUUUUGAGAUAAUUGUUGACCUCUUCACCGAGGCUAAGAUCCCAUCAGGAAAAGUUCUUCUCCUGGAUGAGGCUCAUAAAUACUUGGGUGAAACAAACAGCUGCUCAAAAUUCACUACCUCUAUAGUCUCACUCAUUCGUCAACAAAGACACUUUGGGAUUAGAACCCUCAUUGCUACUCAGGAACCCACUGUGAUUCCUCAUGCCAUAUUGGGUUUGGCAUCAUCUCUUAUCAUCCACCGGUUCAGUUCGCCCGCAUGGGCUCAACAUCUAUCUCGUCAUAUUUGUACAGAUGAUGAGCAGGGUGAGACAGGUUGGAGGCAUCGUAUCACAGAAUUAAGGCUUGGUGAGGCGAUGGUGGUAGCACCAAGUGGGCUUGGAGUCAGAGAAUCAGAUCAAGCUGUUGUUCCUUUUUCGACUGGCUUCAUCAUCACUCGUACUAGACAGCGUCUCACACUCGAUGGUGGAUUUUCUGUCACAGCUUGUGAUACAAGAUGA